GAUGCGCGCCUCCGCGCCGCUGGGGCCGCCGCUCUGCCUGCUGCUGCUCGCCUCCGCCGCCGCCCCCGACACGCCGCCCCCGGCCGCCGCCAAUGCCGCCGGCGCAGUCGCCGACCUGCCGCAGUUCGGGGAGACGAUCAGCAACGUGACGGUGCCUGUGGGCCGCGAAGCCACGCUGUCCUGCGUGGUACACCACCUGCUCAGCUACAAGGUGGCGUGGCUGCGAGUCGACACACAGACGAUCCUGACGAUUGCGACGCACGUGAUCACCAAAAACCACCGCAUCGGCGUCACCCACAGCGACCUGCACACGUGGCAGCUGCACGUGCGGGACGUGCGGGAGUCCGACCGCGGCUGGUACAUGUGCCAGAUCAACACGGACCCCAUGAAGAGCCAGGUCGGCUACCUGCAAGUGGUCGUUCCGCCCGACAUCCUGGACUACCCGACGAGCACGGACAUGGUGGUGCGCGAGGGCACCAACGUGACGCUGCGCUGCGCAGCCACCGGCUCGCCCACCCCCACCGUGACGUGGCGGAGGGAGGGCGGCGAGGACAUCCCGCUCGGCAACGGCCAGCACGUUGCGAGCGUGGAGGGCAGCGUGUUCCACAUCAAGCGCGUGAACCGGCUGCACAUGGGCGCCUACCUCUGCAUCGCCUCCAACGGCGUCCCGCCCAGCGUCAGCAAGCGCAUCAUGCUCAUCGUACACUUUCCGCCAAUGAUCUGGAUCCAGAACCAGCUGGUCGGUGCCUACGAAGGUCAGGAGAUGACUCUGGAGUGUCACUCCGAGGCCUUCCCCAAGUCCAUCAACUACUGGACGCGUGACCACGGGGAGAUCAUCGCUCAAGGUGGGCGUUACGAGCCAGUACUAUUGGACAACGCGUACAAGGUGCACAUGAAGCUGACGAUUCGUGCCGUCGGUCCCAACGACUGGGGCACCUACCGCUGCGUCUCCAAGAACUCGCUCGGUGACACGGACGGCAGCAUCAAGCUAUACCGUAUCCCGCCGCCAUCGACUCCGCACCGUCCGCCUGAAGUCACGACGACGGAACUGCCGGUCGUCACAGAGCGCCGUGAGGUGCCUCCCGCGCAGAGCUACAGACCUGCAGCGGAGAUUGGCGAGAGCGAUCCCAGGGCCAACGACGUGCUGGUGCGCCAUCCUCCACAAGAGAGUGCGGCGGCGGACCUUCGACUCCGCAGCGCCCCUGCCGUCCGCAGCGAGGCAACCUGCCGCUCGCCGCCGUCGGUGAGGCUGCUACUCCACUGGCUGAUAGUACUGGCAGCUGCCGCCAGGUGGCAGUGAGGAGGGGCUGCCACUGGACGACGCUUCUUGCGCCGACACUGACUUCUCGAAAUUUAAAAUGCAACAACCAAUAAUGACUCAAGUUCCUGUCUGUAGUGUGGCAAUAUUUAACUAGUUAAAUGUGCUUCUACAGAUAAAAAAAAAAGAAAGAAUGUUUUUACUGCAGCAGUUUUAUGAGUGAAUUAACAGUUUCACGAAAGGAAAUAAGCCAGGGACAGUCUAAAAAUGCAACAGAAUUAAAUGUGAACUGUAAUGUGUAAAUAUUCUGUGUACAUUUAUCUCUGUCAAAACACAAUAUUAAUCCAUUAGUAAAGUUUGGAAAUCAUUAUUGAAUCUAUAAUAGCAAUUAUGUAACAAAGUAUGUAAUUUAAUUCAUCUGUACUAAAACUUUGCUGUAUAACAAAUCAGAUCUGCCUCGCCCAUAAUUUGAAGAAACGGAUCCUGAAGUCAAAGUGCAAAAUAAUGAGCUUCUGAGA